UGAGAGGCGGGGCUUGUGCGUGACCUGCUCCAGAGGCUGACGCGAGGGGCGUGGCGGCGGCCGGCAUUAUGGAGCACUACGCGGGCGCUGGGGACGAGGUCGCCGACAGGGCCCGGCAGCAGGAGCGGCACUACCAGCUGCUGUCCGCACUGCAGAGUCUGGUCAAGGAGCUCCCGAGCUCCUUCCAGCAACGCCUGUCCUACACCACGCUCAGCGACCUCGCCCUGGCGCUGCUCGACGGCACCGUGUUCGAGAUCGUGCAGGGGCUGCUGGAAAUCCAGCACCUCACCGAAAAGAGCCUGUACAACCAGCGACUGCGGCUGCAGAACGAGCACCGAGUGCUCAGGCAGGCUCUGAGGCAGAAGCAUCAGGAAGCCCAGCAGACCUGCCGGCCCCACAACCUGCCAGUGCUCCAGGCAGCUCAUCAGCGCGAGCUGGAGUGGAGCAUCGAAUUCGAGAGGAACAGCAGGCGAUGGACCGCAAGAUUGUCCUGGAGCUGGACCGGAAGGUGGCUGACCAACAGAGCACACUCGAGAAGGCAGGAGUGGCUGGUUUCUACGUGACUACCAACCCACAGGAGCUGACACUGCAGAUGAAUCUGUUGGAACUCAUCCGGAAACUGCAACAGAGGGGCUGCCAAGCAGGGAAGGCAUGCCUGUGACCAUGUAGGGGUCCCUACUGGCCCCCAUUGCCCAGGAUGGUUAGAAAUGCAGCCUUGUCCACUGUUGCCAGAAAGCUGCAAGAGCCACUGAGGAGCUGCUAGCAGCUCUCAUCUUUCUGAGACGAGGCUGGUUGGACCCUGGCUGCACCUGCCAUCCACCUUUUGAACUUUUUUGUCCAAACACUAGGAUGGUAUCUUGAGGAGGAAGAGGUCCAACUUGCCAGCUGAUAGUCCCAGGACUAGCUGUUGAGUGGGGCUUUUGGUUCUGGUGCCUUCCCCUCUGGGCACAUGCCACCCUCUAGCCUCAGACUUUGCCUUAUUCUGGUCAUGGCCCCUCCCUUAAUAGCCACAGCCCCCAAGUGAAAGAGGCCUCAAAGCCUAAGCCCUAUAUGGCCUAGAGAAAUAAAGACCCCUGCAGAUG